AAAUUGGUCCUUUGAUUUUAUUGUUGCGUGAACUACACGUGUUUCUUAUUCGUGGAAGUUAAAGAAACUUUCAUUAUUUAAAUCAUUGAAGUGAUUAUAAAUAUACAGAAAUGGAGUAUGUGCCACGGGAAAAUAUUCCCGGUGAGAACGUCAGUCGCAUUCUGUGCUGCCAAUGUGCAGUGCCUAUCGAAGCAAACCCCUCGAACAUGUGUGUGGCAUGUCUAAGAGCGCAUGUGGAUAUUACUGAUGGUAUUCCAAAACAGGCAACUUUGUUUUUCUGUAGAGGAUGUGAGAGAUACCUACAACCUCCCUCAGAAUGGGUGACGUGUGCUCUGGAGUCCCGUGAGCUCCUGGCACUAUGUCUGAAGAGGCUGAAGGGACUGAGUAGGGUCAAACUCAUUGAUGCAGGGUUUGCUUGGACUGAGCCACAUUCCAAAAGGAUAAAGGUAAAACUGACAGUGCAAGGCGAGGUAAUGGGUGGAGCCGUUCUUCAACAGACGUUUAUUGUAGAGUUCAACAUCCAGCAUCAGAUGUGUGACGCGUGUCAUCGCUCCGAAGCCCAGGACUACUGGCGUGCCUUAGUGCAAGUGAGACAGCGUGCUAACAACAGGAAGACGUUCUACUACCUCGAACAGCUGAUCCUGAAACACAAGGCUCAUGAAAACACACUUGGCAUUAAACCUAAGCAUGAUGGCCUUGACUUCUUCUACGCAACAGAGAGCCACGCAAGAAAAAUGGUUGACUUCAUUCAAUCGGUGCUGCCUAUCAAGAGUCAAUACUCAAAGAAGCUGAUAUCACAUGAUAUCCACAGCAACAUCUACAAUUCCAAGUACACAUUCAGUAUAGAGAUUGUUCCAUUGUCAAAGGACAGUCUGGUGUGUCUCCCGAAGAAAUUGACUCAACAGCUGGGCGGUAUAUCGCCCAUAUGUUUGGUGCAAAGUGUUACCAGUUCCAUUCAUUUGAUUGACGCCAACUCUGGACAAGUGUGUGACAUUUCCGGGACAGUAUAUUGGAGGAAUCCUUUCACACCGAUCUGCAAUCCAAAGCAGUUGGUAGAAUACAUUGUAAUGGAUAUUGACAUUCUGAAGGAACAUGAAAAGAAGUCGUUCCCAGGACAAGGCAUGGUGUCCAACAAGCACGUUAUAGCAGACGUGUGGGUGGUGAAGGCUAGCGAACUAGGCCUAGACGUCAGCCCCGUACAUACAAGAACACACCUCGGACAUAUCUUGAAACCAGGCGACACGGUUUUGGGUUACAACUUGGGCGAGUCCAACGUGAACGAUGCGAACCUGGACAAGCUGGCCAGCGACGUCGUGCCCGACGUGUUCCUCGUGAAGAAGUUCUACGGCGAGCGAGCGGCCCGGCGGCGCGCGCGCACCUGGAAGCUGAAGCACAUGGCCGACGAGCUGCACGACGGACUCAGCUCCACUAACGAGGACUACAAUGAGUUCUUGGACGACCUAGAAGAGGACCCAGUGCUGAGGCAGAACAUCAACAUAUUCAAGGACGGCACCAAGAUAGCCGUGGACACGGAUGAGAUCGACCCGACCAUGCCGCGCAUCACCCUCGCUGAGAUGUUGGACGACUUGAACAUCGAAGACGUCGAGAUGAGCGAAGUCUAAACACAAGAAGACAAAUGUAUUUCAGUACGUUGUUUAUACGUAUUACUUGUUAUUAUA